CAUUUAAAUUUUAGUUGCAAACCCAAACGCUUUAAAUUGGGGUAGGUAUGGCCCUACUUGGCAAAUCUAAUAAUGACGUUAAACUUGAUGAAAAUACCGAAGCAGGAGAAGAUGAUCAAAAUCUUUGGUUACAUAUUUUGAGUCAAGUUCAGGAUAGUUCUCAUAGCAAAUUGCCUUCUUGCAAAGCUCUACUUGUAUUAGGUGAUGAAGAAUCUGGAAAGACGUCACUUAUUGCAAAAUUACAAGGAAAAGUGGAUCCUAGAAAGGGUUGUGGCCUGGAAUAUCAUUGCAUUUAUGUCCGCGAUGAAUAUCGAGAUGAUCACACAACGUUAGGCGUUUGGGUAUUGGAUGGAGACAGUUUUCAUCGAAAUUUACUGAAAUUUGCAUUAAAUAAAGAAACAGUUCCCAACACUACAGUUAUUCUAACUGCUUCAAUGACAGAGCCAUGGAAUAUUAUUGAAUCUCUUCAAAACUGGGCCUUAAUUUUAGAAGAACACAUUGACAGGUUGCGUAUUCCUGAAGAGAUCCUUCAAGAACAUAAAAAUAGAGUUUUAAAACGAUUUCAAGAGUACCUGGAACCUGGCGCCGAGAUCAGCAAUGUAACUUCGCCGAUUCGGCCGCCUGGUACAGAAAAGGACCCCUUAAAUAGUCAGCAAAUCAAGAUAAAUCUUGGCUUAGACAUUAUAGUAGUUAUCACAAAAACAGAUUACAUGUCCAUAUUGGAGAAAGAACAUGACUACAAAGAGGAACAUUUCGACUUCAUUCAGCUGACGAUCCGUAACUUUUGUUUACUUUAUGGUGCUUCACUUUUCUAUGUAUCAGUUAAAGAAGACAAGAACUGUGAUUUGCUCUUAAAAUACCUAAUGAACAGAGUAUAUUCUUUCCCAUUUAGAACGCCAGCUCUUGUAGUAGAAAAGGAUGCCGUUUUUAUACCCGCAGGCUGGGACAACUCAAAAAAAAAUGGUAUCUUAGUAGACAACCUAACAACUAUAAAAUCAAGUGAUGCAUAUGAUGAAGUGAUCGUUAAGCCCUCAGGAAGCAGAAAGCCAUUUCAAAGAGAAGCUGAAGUCAUGGCUGAAGAUGAUCAGUCCUUCUUGUGUAAACUCCACAAUCUGCUCAACCAACAGACUCCAGCCAGUGUCGGGAGACCGGUGACUGCUCAAGAAACUCCCGUUAGAACUUCUCCUGGUGUUCAGAAAACAGCAGAUCGAAGAAUAUCUGGAUCUCCAGGCGUUCAAGCUUCUCCAAAAAAGAUUGACGGCAAAGCAGGUGCUGUUGCAGGAGAAGGAGUUCUUCAAAAUUUCUUCAAUAGUUUGUUGAAUCGAAGAACAGGUGCUCCUAUAGGUGGUCCUAUGUCUACAGUACGAAGUCCCGGUGACAAAACACCUAGACACGAUGCAGUUGCAGAGCUGGAUAAACUGUCCGGGAGAUCGAAAAAGCCUUCCCCUUUCUCUUCACCAUCAGAUGUGUCCUUUGGUGAUGAUGCCCCAGAUACACCAUCAAUGCAGUCCUAGUACAAUUUAUGUUUUAUAAAUUACCUAAGGAGCUGUAUUGAAAAAAAAAAACUGACUCUAAAUAUUGACAUAAACAAUAUUUUGAUACUUUAUUAUUUCAUAAACGUCAUGCAUUUCUGACUUCUAGCUGCCAUGUCUCUCCUCUGCAAUGGGCAUUGUCUUUUCUAUUUAAUGCUGCACAAGCGGAGCAUGGUGUAUUAUAAAGUAUCAAAAGUUUACAGACUAAUUUCAGUGUUCCUAAAAUUUGAUGGUGCAUUGAAAUUUUUUGUUACAUAAUUCUUCUGUGAUUGAAUACAGCUUUAUAGAUUUUUAGUUUUGCAUGAUGCAUUACGUUGGCAACUCAUGGCAAAUUCAUUCUGUAAAAUACCAGCAUAAGUUAUUGAUAGAGGUGUGUGAUAACUCUUAUUUUGUUUAUUUUGAAAUUAAUUUCAAUUUAACCACUUGAGUGUGGAAACUGUGUAGAAAUCUAAUAUUAUUAAAAUAUAUCUGUAACUUAUAAUAUCAAAGACAUUCUUUAAAAAAAGAAAAUGUUGUUGUUUUUAAAUGGCUAAUUAUAUUUAUUAAAUUAUUUUUAACUCAUCAUAUUAAACAGUAUUUUGAGGUGCAGCCCCCCCCCCCCAUAUUUAUUUUAAAAUGAAUAAUAAAAAUGAAACUGAAAAAUUGUGCGAUUUUUCUCUUGGAUAAUAUCUAAUUUUCAAUUUAUUAUAUCUAUUGUAUCAUGUAGCUCUCAAUGUUGCCCAACAAUGUAACACUAAAAAUGGUGCCAUAGUGGAACUAUUGUUACAAAACUAAUUUUUUGAAAGUACUUGCAUGUUCCAAAUUCUGAAAUAUUCGGCUUUUGAGCAUUAAUAUAUUUAUAGUUUCAAAAGCUGUUUGGUUGAAUGAAUUAUUUUUGAGUAUUUUUGUUUUGUGUUAGUGUUUCAAUAGAAAUUGAAUUUAGUUAAUAUUUAUUUUUGCCUCGUAUUUUGUGAAAAUGUGAGGAUUUAAUAAGCAUCUUCUUUGAUACCUUUCUCAAUUUACAUUUGUGAAUUGUUUUAACAGUUUAUAUUAAUUAUUUACCUGUUUAUACAUUGUUCUGGUUUUUUGUCUUGUUUUCUGUCGAGAUUUAUAAUGAAUUAUUUCUUAUUUGCAAUAUCAAUAUAACUUAUGUUCUAGUGACUAAGCAUUAAAACUCAAAACUGUAAAUAUGAAAUUAUGUGUUAAAAUUUUAAAAUUAUCUCCUUUUUAACAUAUGCUGAAAUAUACUCAGGAAGAGGAAUAUUUAUGAUUUUGUUGUGAAUAAAAUAUAAAGACCAUCAUGAACCAUUUUAUUAUUGUUUUCAUCUGUUAGCUAUUCAGCUCUGUAGCCAAGUAUUCUAUUAUCAAAACUGUGCAUAAUUUGAAAACCAGUAUCCUCACAGUGAGAAAAACAAAUUGAUCUGACAAUAAGUAUCACAACCUGGAUGAUAAUUCUGAAUAGUGCAUGCAAGGAUUUCAAUUUUGGGGUCCAAUUUCUGCAAAACUGAUGCCUAUAAUAAAUUUAUAUAUAAAAAAAUUUUCAACCCUUCAUUCAAGCUGUUCAUUUUUUACCAAGUAAAGAAAGCUAGUUAAUUCAAUCAGUAAUAUUUAAUGUUUUGUACUAUAAUCAAUUCAUGGGAUUUUUAAUGCCAUUACUUUCAUUUUCACAACUUAUCGUUACAGGCUAUAUAACAAAUUCAAUGCAUAGCAAUUCUAAUAACUUUAGAUGUUUUUAAGAAAAACAAAAUUGUUGAUCAAAAACAGCAAUUUGCUUUAUAUGUUCAUUUAAUUUUGGUAACUAAACCUGAACAUCUCCCAUGAAAAACAUUUCCUACCCUGUUUAUAAUUGCUAACUUGUAAUAUUAAUUGAUAUUGAAGCCAUUAGUAAAUGUGACAGUAAGUUUAAAAAAUGCUGACUUAAUUUUUCCUUUUUUUUUAAAUUAAGAGUAUGUUGAUAAACAGCAUAUUUAUUGCUGCUGAAUCUCUUUAAUUUCUAAUAUAUGUUUUUUUACUGUAGCCUAUACUGUCACAAUUCAUUCUGAAAUUUUUUAAUGCAAAUGAAAGCAAAACAUCCUUUAAAACAAAUUUAAAAAACUUGCUGAUACUACGAUUUUAAAAGAAUAAAAUAAGUGAACUUUUUAAAAUGUUCUCUCAAAGAAAUUUUGGUAGUUAUUUGAGCAAUUAGGCUUUUUUUUUUUUUUUUUUCAAGUUGUAAUUUUAACAUGAAUUCAAUUUAUUAUUUAAUGACAAUUUUAUAAACUUAAUGCUUUUACUGCAUUAAAAUUCCUAAUGGUAAAUUGUGUCAUUAAAAAAAUAGUCUUGGUAUUAUUUUCAUUUUUCUUUCCAUUAGAUUAGGAAAAGCAUAAUCAAAGAAAACAUGUUGAACUUCAGAUAAUUUUAAUUAUGAUGCUACUUGAAUUGAUAAUUUCAGGAAAAGCGUAAAUCCAACGGAUUUCCGAAUGACUUAGGCCCUUUUUGAUAAAAUCAAUUCACUUCUCACAUAAGCUUCCUUUUUUUUAUAUAAUUCUAAAAUUGGUCAAUAUUGCAUAAAUCUUCCUCAUCACUUUUUGUCAUAUUUUUUUUUUUCUUUUUUUUACUGAUAAACUUAUUCUUAGUUUAUCAGUAAUAUUCAUGUAUUUAACAGUACUUUUAAAUUAUUUUGCUUGUUUAUCUUGCAACCCUUUUUUAGCAGCAACUACCAAAGGUUUAACGUAUGAUGAUGAUUAUUAUUUUUUUAAUUUUCACAUUUUUUUGUCAUAAAUGCUGCAAUUGAAGUAUUGGGGGGGGGGGGGGGUAUAUUGUCUUUGAUCUUAAUCUAUUAUGCUUAUUGGAAAAAAUCUGGACAGGAGGGGGAGUGGUUAAAAAUCAAAAUUGAUUUGAUUAUUUUAGAAACGGCUAAGUCCAAUGGAUUGCCGUAGGACUUAUGCCCUUUCUGAAAUAAUUGAUUCAAUUGUAUUUACCCAUUGUACUCUACUCUAGUCUUUCUAAACACAUACAUCGUUUCUGAAUACGAACUGACACAUUCAAUCCAAAAUGUCAGCAACUUAAAUAAAGUGAAAUUUGAAUUAAAUCAUUAUUAUUACUUUAACUUGAAAGUUGCCCGUCAUGGUAUGGUGGGUGAAAAUUUGCUUCUUCAUUUUGAAUGCAGCCCUGUUUGGUGAUAUUUUGGUAGUCUAAGUCUUAACCCUAACUCCAGUGGAUUAAUCCUUACCUCCAGUAGAUAGUGGUCAUUGUUGAUCAUUUUUAAGUUUCUUCAUUCUCCUAAAAUGAGUCUUACCAUUAAAACAGUUAAAUCACCAGAUCGAGUUCAGCUUUGUCACAAUAAAGCCUUUCCCUGCAUAUUAAACUCUACCAAAUCAUAUUGUCAAAUUAUCAUGCCGUGGCGCGAGUUUCAUUGUUGAAACACAGGGGUUACUCGAUCAUCAGCUAUUAUUUAUAUGAGGAUAAGAUAGCUACCAUAAGAAAACACCAUUCAUGAGAAAUAUAAUUUCUGUUAUUCUUGUGGAUUUAGUUUUUCUCCUGUGAUACUCUUCUGAAUAUUUAUUUGAAAAUUCGUUACAAAAAUGAAUAUAUUGUAUGAAACUGUGAACAUCAGUUGUAAUCGAAAUUUGACUUUUAAUUUGUUAUUGUUGUACAUAAUUUGAAACGUUAGUAAUAAAAAAAUUUUAAUUCCC